AUGUCCACCUCGUGCGUUGGCCAGAUGAUGGAUGACGACAGACGGCAGACAGAAAUACGAGGAUCGGGACAGCCGAAGCUUGGUUGUCCCGGGUCUGCGGAAGACAAGGUCGGACCAGCUGCAGCCGCUCUGCACCAUGAAAGGGCGCAGACAUUGCGCUCGUCCACAGCCGGGAGAGAGAGCGAUUUGCUCUUCACGCGCUCCUCGCCUUUCCAUCCACCAAUCCCAGCCCAACAGCCAGCUCUUACCUCUGCAACGAUGGUCUCGCCCAAGUCUCUCCUCCUCUUUGUCGUCGGUGCCUCGGCGCUCGGCAUCAACUGUCGCGGCUCCUCCCUGUGCUCCGGCGAGGCCGGCGGCAAGCUCAGCAAGAUCCUGUCAGAGGUCAGAGGUGUCAUCAACCAGGGCCACGGCAACCACCGGUACAAUACUGGCGUCCAGAUAGCCUGCGCCUCGGCCAACUUAGGCAGCUUCUGCGCCUUCUACCAGAAAGGCGCCAGCGGCACCGCCAACCAGGCGGCCGCACAGCUGCAGAAGCUCAUCGAUCACGGUUGCAGCGGCUGCGGCAGCAUUCCCACCAGCAGCGGCAACAACGUCAACAAUGGCGAGCUGACCGUCAACUACGUCAGCGCGCCGUGCUGCAGAACUGGAGACGCCUGUGCAUGUUCCAUCUGA